UUUUCACUCCUAACCAGAUGCGUCUCUCUCUCUUAUUACUCCCUGUCAAUCUGUCGCGUUAAUCUGAAUCCUGCGCAUGCGUGUUACGGUGAUUCCUGCUGCCUUGUACCCGCGACAUUUCCCAGUUGGUUAUAACCGAAUUUUUAAGUACCCGAUCGUAGAUAUCUUCAGCUUUUUCUCAGGUGCAGCUGAGUUCACAUCUCCAGACCAGAUGACUUGUGUUUUUGUCUAUGGGACCCUGAAGAAGGGCCAGCCCAACUAUUAUCGCAUGUUUGACACCACUAAUGGCAAAGCUGAGUUCCUCGCUUCAGCUCGCACCACUGAGAGAUACCCACUGGUCAUCGCUACCAAGUACAACAUCCCUUUCCUCCUCAACAUUCCUGGUCAGGGCAACCAAGUCCACGGGGAGAUCUACAAAGUGGAUGAGCAGAUGCUGAAAUUCCUGGAUGAUUUUGAGGGUGUUCCUGAGAUGUACCAACGGACGCUGGUCAAACUGGAGGUGAAGGAAUGGGUCGGGCCUGCAGAAGGAGAGACCCCGACACCAGGGAGCAUCACUGAGGCUUUUAUUUACAGCACAACAACCUACGACUCAGACUGUUUGUCCCUGCCCAUGUAUGAAAACUAUGACUCGUAUGGAAAGCACGGGCUUGAGUAUGACUUAAAAGAAAUAGAGGACCGGUAAAUGCUGCACAACUACCUCUGUAAAACUGAUCAUACACUGAAUAAACACACCUUACAUCCUUGUUGGUAUACCUCAAACAACUGAUUAGUCUGAAAAAUUACUGUAAAUAAAUUGUUUUCUGUUUUCAUCUGGGGCUGUCCCUAUAAAAAAGUAGAUAACAUUAUGUGUCUGAGCAACCUUGUGUGUUUCAUACAAACAAAUCAAUCUUUUUUAGAACUUUAUUUAAAAUUAUAAAAUCCAGAAAAAGUGGAAGGAUACAGAAGUGAAGACAUUUUGGCAGUGAACCAAUAAAAUCUCUGUAGGCUGA